CUGUCAUGUAGCCUGCAAAACUCACAUAACAAAAGGCUACACAAGUCUUCCUUCUCUCUCUCUCUCUUUCUUUCUCUCUGUUCUUCCUCUCUUUAGAUGGAAUGAUGGAGCAGUGCUUAUAAAGACGAUAUUUGAAAUUUUGAUCCAUUUUCGAAGACCCAAUUUCAAAAAGAAAGAAAAAAAGAGAAGAAGAAGAAGAAGAAGAAGAGAGGAUAUGGAGAUGGAGAAGAGGAUAGUAGUGAAUGGAGGCAUGAGAUUGCCAAUAGGAUACAGAUUCCACCCAACAGAGCAAGAGCUUAUACUUCAUUACUUGCUUCCAAAGGCCUUUGCUUCUCCUUUGCCUUCCUCCAUCAUCCCUGUCUUUGACCUCUUUUUCUCUCAUCCUCUCACUUUCCCAGGGGAUUCAAAGGAGAAGCAUAGGUACUUCUUUUGCAAGAAGAAAGAAGUGUCAAGUAAUGAGCAAAGAAUCAAGACUGUAUCUGGUGAUGGCUAUUGGAAACAUAUAGGGAAAGAGAGACCGAUCAUUGCCUGUGGUAAAGCAGUUGGGAUUAGAAGGACACUUGCUUUCUAUGAAACAAACAAGUCCUCUUCUAAUUGCAACAGAACCAGAUGGAGCAUGACCGAGUAUUCCCUUGCCGGAUUUGCAUCGGCCAAGGUGUUUGGAGAAUGGGCAGUGUAUAAUGUAUAUGAGAGGAAAGGAUCGAAAGCAAGAAAACAGAGGAAAUCAAGAGAUAUGGAUGAUGAAGAUUUGAGUUGCAGUAUCCACUUUAUCGUUGGGUCGUCCGAUCAUGAAACUGGUCCGCCGCCACCUUCUCCUCCUACCUCAGCUGAUGAGUGAUUAAUAUGUCAGCAGAACACGUUGAGAUGUGACAAAGCUCCUAAACCCUAACCUACUACUAGUUCCCUUACGUUUCUGUCAAGCUAUUUAAACAAAUUUCCACGUUUUGAUUCAUUUGCUAGAGAAAUAAGUAACAUGGGGCUAGGGAGCUUAUUUUGAUCUGAAAAACUGUUGUAUUGUAUGAGUUGAAAACUGUUUGCAUAUGUCAAACUUGUUGAUUAUUUUUACUUGAAGAAAUUUAAUUUUCUAUUUAAAUUAUCAUGCAAGUAAA